GGCACAGCCGGGAGGUCCCGGACCGAGCAGUGACCCCAGCCACCGGCUGCCCGCAGAGCCGGGGGAGCGCCCCGUCCUCCCUCCCUGGCGAUGGGCACCGGCUGGGACGUGUGUGCGCUCCUCUCCACGGCGGUGUUCGCUGCCCAGGCUUUCCCCCAGACAAACAUAAAGAUCAGCCAAGCCAUGCCCGAGCCCGUCCAUGCCUACUCCUGCCCUCUCUUCUGGACGGAGUAUGAAGGCCAUUGCUACCGGUACUUCCCCAUCAACAAAACCUGGGCUGAAGCUGACCUCUAUUGCGCCGAGUUCUCCAUUGGCAUCAGAUCAGCCAAGCUGGCCUCCAUCCACAGCUGGGAAGAAAACGUCUUUGUGUACGACCUAGUGAACAGCCGUGUGCCGGGCAUCCCCACCGACAUCUGGACGGGGCUCAAUGACCUGCGGCAGGAGGGUCACUUUGAGUGGACAGACGGCUCCUCCUACGACUACCACUACUGGGACGGCAGCCAGCCUGACGAUGGGAUCCACUCCAUCCCGGAGGAGGAGGACUGUGUGCAGAUCUGGUACAGGCACAGCAGCGCACUGCGCUCUUGGAACGACAACGCCUGUGGCAGAUCCUUCCCUUUUGUCUGCAAGAUCCCCUCGCUGGCCCUGGACUGAGGCUGCCGGUGCUGCCCGCUUCCCCCUCGUUUUGGGUCACCUCUCCAGCUGUGCCAGGGAAGAGCAGCCGGGAUGUGGUACGGGCAGGGAGAGCCAUGGAGCUGUUCGGCAUCCCCAGCCAGACCUUGGCUGUGAAAAUCCCUCCCGGGAGCGCUGCAGGAACCCAGCACUCACCCUCCCCACGGGCCAUGAGAGCUGUGUUAAACAUCAAAGGAGCCCCCCAAGCCUGGGCUUUGGAUUUCAAAUCAACUGUUACAGCUUAUUAGAGGAAACCCAUGAUUUUAUCAAUACACCAAACCGUUAGCACAAAAAAAUAGCCGUGUGUAGGAAAUGAUUUUGCCCACUGAUCCAUGAAGAGUGGAGACAUGUUAUGUUCUGUUAAGUUAUGCAAAAUACCUCUUGUGUCUGUUAUUCUUCUCUCUGCUACAA